CACGGCAGGGUCGGGCCCGGGGUUGUUCUGGAGCACCGAGCCGGAAAGGAAGGAGUGGAGGGCUGGGCGCGGGCACAGAGGUGUCGGAGACUCCGCCCGCCCGUGUGACUCGCAGGGUCCCUCCUCUGGGAGGAGGCUGGGCCCCGGAAAGAAAAGCGGAGCGUCCACCGCGCGCACUCACCGUGCGCUCACACCGCUGUCGGAGAGGGGCACCAUGGAGCGCGCCUCAGCCUCUCCCCGCGAAGGCCGGGUCCGCUGGCCGGGGCUCCUGCUCGCGGCCGCGCUGGUGACCUGCUGGAGCUCGCCCGCCUCUGCCCAAAUCACCGCCGAGGCCGUGCCGCCCCUCGUGGCGGAGGGCGAGAGCGUUCUUCUCGUGGCCCACAAGCUGCCCGAGACACUCCAGGUCAUCUACUGGUACAGAGACCGCGUGACCCCGGAAAAGGAGAUCGGGCACCUCAUCCUGUCCAGCAACCAGACCGUGGACGGGGCGGCCAGCACCGGCCGGGAGACGCUGCUCACCAACGGGUCCCUGCUGCUGCGGAACGCCAGCCAGGGCGACGCGGGGCCCUACCUGAUAAACGUCAUCCUCGCCGACUUCUCCACGAAGCAGGCGUCCGUGAGCUUCCAGGUGCUCCCCCCGCUACCCACGCCCACCGUCACCAGCAACAACUCCAGCCCCACGGAGGGCGAGGGCCCCGUGGUAUUGACGUGCGAACCCGAGACUCCGAACACCACCUACCUGUGGAGGAGAAACGGAGAAAUCCUCUCAGACGGCGACAGGCUGCAGCUUUCUGACAACGGGACCCUCACUUUGCUCACGGUCCUGAGGGCCGACAUGGGGUCCUACGAGUGUGAGACCCGGAACCCGGUGAGCACCCGCCGAAGCCACCCGCUCUUCCUCAACAUCACCUAUGGUCCGGAUGCCCCGCUCAUCUCCCCCUCGGACACUCACUUCCCUCCCGGGGCCAACCUCAGCCUCUCCUGCCACGCGGCCUCCAACCCGCCCGCGCAGUACUCCUGGCUGGUCAACGGGACGCUCCAGGCACACUCGCAGGAGCUCCUCCUCCCCAACAUCACCACCGAGGCCAGUGGCACCUACGCCUGCCUGGCCCACAACGCCGUCACAGGCCUCAACAGGACCGCCGUCAGGAACGUCACAGUCCUCGAGCCAGUGACUUGGCCCUCCGUUGAGGUCGCCAACACUACAGUUAAGGAAAUGGACUCUGUGCUCCUGACGUGCCUCUUCAGCGGCAGCGAAGUCUCCAUCCGCUGGCUCUUCAACGGCCAGAGUCUGAGGCUCACGGACAGGACGACGCUCUCCGGGAACAACAGCACCCUCGCCAUCGAGCCGGUGUGGCGGGAGGACGCCGGGGACUACCAGUGUGAGGCCUCCAACCCGGUCAGCACCAGGAGGAGCAACCCGGUCCGGCUGGCGGUGAUAAUUGACCCAACACGCGGAAGUUCUGGCCUGUCUGGGGGCGCCAUCGCCGGCAUCGUGGUGGGGGCUGCAGCCGGGGUGGCUCUGGUGGGAGCCCUGGCGUAUUUCCUGUAUUUCAGGAAGACUGGCGGGGGAAGUGACCAGCGAGAUCCCACAGAGCACAAACCCUCAGCCUCCAGACACAAUCUGGGCCCCUCUGACAGCUCUCCUAAGAAGGCGGAUGACGUCACAUACUCUGCCCUGGACUUCAGUGCCCAGCGGCUGAAAGAACCAACGUCAGCCUCUCCAUCUCCAAGCGCCACAGAAAUCAUUUAUUCGGAAGUAAAAAAGAAGUGAGCAAAGUCUGUCUGCUGGCCGCACCAACGGUGCGUUCCCAGAAUUUCUCCUCCACAAGCAAAUCGUUGUGCCCUGGGGAGGAGGACACACACACACACACACACACACACACACACACACACAGUGUGGCAGCUUUGGGCUGCAGCCUCUCUGUCAACAGAAGAAGAGGGAUACCCUGGAGCCUGCAGGAGGCCCAACUCUCCUUGGCCGAGGAGAGGUGUCAACACCGCCUUUCGCCUUCGCUUUCCUGGACUUGGAGCACAUUCAUCUCUCCCCCAAUUCCAAGUCCUGCGUAGCAGAGUCUUACUUGAAGCUCCAUGACCUUGGAGGUCACCUAAGCAAGGACUUGCCCACGUCAAGGCUGCGAAGGCCCCGCACCCGGGAAGGGCAGCUGCAGCCAGCACGCCGUGGCACCCAGCCCGCCCUGCUCUGAGCCUUUCCCCAGAAAACCCACUCAAAGCAGCAAGAAAGGCCCUUGUCAGCGCCCACAGCUCCAGGGGAGGAAGAGCAAGACAAGGUCUCUAACCCCAAGUAGGAAGGGGCCCCGGAAAGCGGGGCUGGCAGUCUUCUGGAACCUGAAGGGGGAAUCUGAAAAGAUGCCCUGGCAGAGCGGCGAUACUGUCUUAAAAGAAGCUGCAUCUGAUGUGCAGAGUUUUCCUCUCUGAGAAAAUCCACUGCUCGGGUGUUGCAGCUGCUGGCUGGCCUCGCCAGUGAGCUCAUCCGUCUGCCAUAGGUGAAGAAGCUCCUGAGCGCCUGUCUCCCUCCGCCUCUCCAGCCACGAGUUCCAAACCAAAAUAAAUGAGCAAACAGCGAGGCAGUCACUUGCAGACCCGCCACCGAGGGUCAGGCCAAGCCUCCUGCUUUUCUGAAUGGGUCAGAAAAGCCUGCCUUUCCCUCUUUUCAUAGGUUUGUUUUUUGUUUUUUGUUUUUUUGUUUUUUUUGUUUUUCAGACACUGGUCAGAGCCUGGGCAAUUGUUCUCUGACACUCUGGGCUUCCUCAUUUUUUCCCCCGAGGCUUUUCCACACCCACCUGUGCAGGCUGCCAGCUGACCUUGGGCCUGACUCAAAGGCCAUGCCCCUCUGCUCCAGGCCAAGGCUGACAUUUCCAGUUUGUCUGCUUUGGUGUUUUUCUUUUAAAAUCUAACAAAACUCUCUUCAGCUUCAAAAAAUAAAAUAGUGGCAGGCUUUCCUCGUCUGCACCAGAUUGAGAUCUAAUGAAGUUCCUGGAGUCCGGGGCCUCCAGCUGCCCUCUGGCUAGGCGUUCAUUUCCCUUUCUCCUUGGCUCUCUCUUUCCUGCCUGCCUUCCUCCCUUCCCUCCUUCCUCUUUUCAAGAGAGAGUUUUAGCAUAUCAGGCUCCAUCUCACAGUUCUGCGCUCUGCAGCCUCCCGCCAGCUGAGAUCAGUGUGGCCACCGGGCGGAUCCCUGGAUCCCAGCGCACUCCGGGGCUGCCCUGCACCCUCAGGAACCUUGGCCUCUGCUCCUAGGUGUCUGGUCGUGUGGCCUGUGCCAUUAAAGGGACACAGUCACUCAAGCGAAGCCAGGGGCGUCGUUUACAACACUGUGCAGCGGGCUCCGCUGGGAAUGCGGGCUGUUAGCGGGUGCUCUUGCCCAGCCCUGGCCUUUCCGCAGCCUCUGCAGCCUGCCCUCCCAGCUGGGAUGGUCCCAGCACAGCAGGAGAGGCCUCGCAGUCUCAGGAAUCUUCUGUCAGGUUCGCCCUCCCUGGGCGCGGUACAGAGGGUAUUAAGUGUCCGGCCUCACGCCGUGCCUAACGGGCUCCCCAGAGAAUUGGUGAAGGAUUCUCCUACUCAGGGAUUUCUCUCAGGGAUUUCCAGCCCAAACGCAGCCUGUCUGUCUUGCUUCACCCUUGCUGUGCAGGGUUAUUUAAUUUUGCCUGGACUAGAGACAGAUCUGGGUAUCUGUAAACUUGCCCUAUGUCCGUAAUAAAGAAUUAUCCUGUGUCACCGCU